AUGACUCAGCCAUACAGCCGCCACCUUCCUGUGGAUGAGCCUGGGAAAGUGCAGGCCAGGAGGGCCCGUGGGUCCCCUUCCCCCUCAGAUGCAGCCCAGCCCCAGCCACCCACCCUUGGGGACUCAGUCGCUAUGCCGGCCAUGCCCAUCUCCACACUAGCCAAUGCCGCACUGCCCCUCUCAGAGCCCAGCAUUGAGAUUCAGCCGAGCUGGGUCUCGCCCUCCAGGAAGUCCCCACGUGAGACCAACUGGGGAGCCGUGCGCUUGUGUCUGAGCCUGCAGGGCCCUGGAGCUGGGCCUGGUGGGAGCCCCAUGCAAAUCGGAGGCAAACCCCCCUCCUUGCAAAACACCUGCUUAGAAAAGGACCGGCAGGCAAAGGAACCCUCUGCCUCCCAGCAGAAUGGCCCAGUGGGUGGUGAUGCCCGUGCCACGCUGGCCUGGGCCUCGGGCACUCUGGUGCUGCUGCUGCGCAAGGUGGGCGCGGCGGGCGGCGCGCGCGGUGUCAUCCGCCUGCUGGACUGGUUCGAGCGGCCCGACGGCUUCCUGUUGGUGCUGGAGCGGCCCGAGCCGGCGCAGGACCUCUUCGACUUCAUCACGGAGCGCGGCGCCCUGGACGAGCCGCUGGCGCGCCGCUUCUUCGCCCAGGUGCUGGCCGCCGUGCGCCACUGCCACAGCUGCGGGGUCGUGCACCGCGACAUCAAGGACGAGAACCUGCUGGUGGACCUUCGCUCGGGCGAGCUCAAGCUCAUCGACUUCGGUUCGGGCGCUCUGCUGAAGGACACGGUCUACACCGACUUCGACGGCACCCGCGUGUACAGCCCCCCGGAGUGGAUCCGCUACCACCGCUACCACGGACGUUCGGCCACCGUGUGGUCCCUUGGCGUGCUGCUGUACGACAUGGUGUGCGGGGACAUCCCUUUCGAGCAGGAUGAGGAGAUUCUCCGCGGACGCCUCUUUUUCCGGAGGAGGGUCUCACCAGAGUGCCAGCAGCUCAUUGAGUGGUGUCUGUCCCUGCGGCCCUCGGAGCGGCCCUCACUCGACCAGAUUGCGGCCCACCCCUGGAUGCUGGGGACAGAUGGGGACACUCCAGAGAGCUGUGACCUGCGGCUCUGUGCCCUUGACACCGACGACGGGGCCAGUACCACGUCCAGCAGUGAAAGCUUGUGAGGAGGACCUGGACUCCGCCUUGGGGGCCUGCACCUGGCUUGUGGGAGCCAGGGACCACCUGCCUCUACCACCCCCGACACCCCAAAACAGUGAUGUUCUUCUCUGCCUGGGCUGUCUCCUCCUGCAAAAGCAGUGAUCUCUAAUUCCUGGUGACCUUUGCUCUUGGCACCGGGCCUGUUUCCUUUGCUUUGAGUGCCUUUUUGAAAGCUGCUCCCACGGGACUUGGUUUUCUUAAGCUCUGCCUGUCCAAAAACAGCUCCAAUUGAAGGGGGGGGUCCCACCGGCCCUGGUGGAUACUUGAGCCCGAGACAUCCCUCUCUGUGCUGCUGGGUCGGGAGGUGGCCUUUUCUUUGGCCGUUGUGACCUGGAGCACUCCCGUCGGGGCAGGGUCCCGUAUUCCCACCUUGCGCCCUGCAGUCUGUGGUGUCCGUCUGGGCACAUCCAAGCACAAGCAAUGCAAGGCCGGGCCUCCGACGCCCGCGUGAGUCCUGUCUGCGUGCCAGCGUCGUAUUUAUGGUGUGACCCCGAGGAGGGCACCCCCAGCCCGCUGGGGCUAUUUAUUGUUUAAUUUAUUUGUUGGAGUUACUUCCUCUGGGCAGCUGCAUCUCCUCCAGGCCCCUGGGGGGGAGGGGGUGUCUGUGGUUGGCGGAGCCCAGGUCCUGGUUCCUGCACCUGGUGUACGUCCCUAGCUCCACCUGUGUCUGUCAGAAGAUGAACUUGUACAGUGGCUAAUUUAAGGGGAGUGGGUGACCCUGCCACCUUGUGGUGCUCUGUGCCGCAGGGGGAGGGUUUUAAAUUAUUGAACUUGUACAGUGUGCUUGUUGGCUCUGGAAGCUGGGGGGGGUGGGGGGACAGAGUCUCAAGCCUCUAAUUUAUUUUAGCAGCUGUGUUUCUGUGAUCCCGGUGUGUGUAGGCAUCGUGGAUGGGGGGGUUUCUUUCAGUUCAGAAGUGAGAUGUCUGGAGAUCAUAUUUUUUUAUACAAGUAUUUCAAUUAAAAAUUUUUUUCGUAUGUAA